AUGGGACAAGUGUACGGUUGCUUUCAAGUGAAGCAUUCAAGUGUAGCCAUUAAGGAGGUUUUCGGGAAGUACGAUGAUGUUCUUGAACCAGGUUGCCACUUUGUUGCAUGGUGUUUUGGGCGGCGUGUGGCUGGUGCACUUUCUUUACGUGUGAAACUAAGACUAAGGACAAUGUGUUUGUUAGUGUGGUUGCCUCAAUCCAAUAUCGAGCAUUGGCAGAAAAGGCAGCAGAUGUUUACUACAAACUCACCAAUACCAAAGCACAGAUACAACCCUUAUGUCUUUGAUGUUAUCAGAGCAAGUGUUCCAAAGAUGGAACUUGAUGCUGCUUUUGAGCGAACAAAAAUGCAAAAGCUGUGGAGGAUGAACUUGAAAAGCUUAUGGUUACGAGAUAGUUCAGACUCUUAUUGUGGAUAUUGA